AUGCGGCUGGAGCAGGAAAUACAAGCCCUGGAAAGUGAAGAGUCCCAAAUAUCUGCCAAAGAGCAAAUCAUCCUAGAGAAGCUAAAGGAGACAGAAAAAUCCUUCAAGGACUUUCAGAAGAGCUUCUCCGGCGCGGAUGGAGAUGCAGUAAAUCACAUUUCCUCCCAGCUCCCCGACCUGCCAAUCGUCUGUUCACGAACAGCAGAACCAUCACCUGAGCAGGACAGAACCAGCAGAACAGCUGCUGUGUACGCCAUGGAAAUUAAUGUGGAGAAAGACAAACAAACAGGAGAGACCAAGACUCUCUCUACAUCCACCAUUGGCCCAGAGGGGGUCCAUCAGAGAGGAGUCAAAGUCUUUGAUGAUGGUACCAAAGUAGUGUAUGAGGUGCACUCAGGAGGCACCAUAGUAGAAAACGGAGUGCACACAUUAAGCUCAAAGGAUGUAGAAGAGCUUAUUCAGAAAGCUGGACAAUCAAGCUUAAGAGGAGGGCACGUGUCAGAAAGGACUGGGAUUGCAGAUGGGAGCCUCAGCCACCCUAAGGAACACAUGCUCUGCAAAGAAGCCAAGUUAGAAAUGGUCCAUAAGUCUAGGAAAGAUCAUUCUUCUGGGAACCCAGGGCAGCAGGCUCCAGCCCCCAGCACUGAAGGGCCGGAGGCAAACUUGGAUCAGCCAGUCACCAUGAUUUUCAUGGGCUACCAAAAUAUCGAGGAUGAAGAGGAGACGAAGAAGGUGCUAGGCUAUGAUGAAACCAUCAAGGCUGAGUUGGUCCUCAUUGACGAAGAUGAUGAGAAGUCGUUGAGGGAGAAGACGGUGACAGACGUGUCCACCAUUGAUGGGAAUGCAGCCGAGCUGGUGUCCGGGAGACCCAUCUCAGACACCACUGAGACACCCUCAUCCCCUGAAGGGAAGGAAGAAAGCUUGGCCACGGAGCCAGCCCCAGGUACCCAAAAGAAAAAGCGCUGUCAAUGCUGUGUUGUCAUGUGACCACUUCUUUCUUCCCCUUUCUUCCGGGCAGCCUCUGUGCUCUCCACCACUUACGUAGACCUCACUGUACCACUAACUGCGAUACUGUGAACUGGAAGCAAACACCUGCCUUGCCUUGCAGUUGGAUUGCUUUGAUCCCUCUUAUUUUUUUCCCCUUUCGUUUUUUUCUCCAGUUUCCUCAGCUCAGAGACAACAUGCAUGUGUGUGCUUCACUCUUUCCAAGAACUUGCUUUUCCUCUAAACUUUUCCUUGUGUCUUCAAGAGGGAAUCGGUUCCUUACUGCUCGAUUGGAAUGGACUCUUCAUAUCAGCCAGUGAUCUCGUAGCCUUAAUUCAUUUGACUGGAAUUGAACCCGUGGGCACCAGGGGAAUCAUUUUGUCGUGUUCCUAUCAUGUAGUCACACAUCGCCAGGUCGCUGAUUUCUCACUUGCCUCCCUUACUGUGGAUCUUUGCUUUUAUAUCUUAUGUGGCAAAAUGCUGUGGGGUCUAGCCAGACACUGGUAUAGCCAAAAGUGGACCUUACUUAGUCUGUUCGAUCUAGGGUGAUGCUUUUUGCUGCCUUACAUAAGCUUCCAGGUUACAGUAUUGUGCAUCUCUGGCUUUCCUUCUGUUAAAACUGAAAUGAAGUUGAUGUAAAAGAAAAAGAACCCAGUGCUUAUUACAGCUGAAUUAUAGGGACUAAUUUCAUAACCUGCCCAUCAGCAGCUGUCUCUCUUUCUUAUGACUUAACUGAUGGACCCUUUAUAUAAGAAACACCAUUUUUAACUUUCUAAGGACAUGAAACAAGCAUUGUUUUGAGGAUCAGUAGUGAUCUCCAAACUUAGGCAAAUCCUUGAACCUUGCUUUUAUUCUCUAAAAAAAAAGUGUAAAUUUUUGUAUUGUUUUCUUUUUCAUGGAUAUAUUCUGGUCAGUUAAUCUGUUUUCAGUGAAGUGGUCAUUUUGAGAAGUUUCUCUGUAGUGACCAUACUUCUAAAACAGGCCUUCUGACCUACAGUGGUUGCUGGCAUGCUUCCGGUCCAUCCAUUGUGGACGGUGCUGUUCCUAAAUUAACUGUUCAUUCACCUGCCCUGUUGAUUCCAGAGCUUUCCAUCUGGACUCUUUUCUUUAUGUCCCUACGAAAAAGAGAAUAUUACCUAUACCUUCACCGUGUAGGUUUAUCCACCCUGCAAAAUUAAACUUUAAAAUGUAGGGGGGGAAAAAAGGUUUCAAAGAUGAAGAAAGACCUCUCUUAUCACUUUAAGUACUUUGAAUUCAUUCCAUAAAUACUGAUGGAGUGAGUGGCACAUAAUUGAGCUUCUUCAAUAUUGUUUUCUCAACUUAUAAAGAUUCCAGAACAUCAAGGGUGGUUUUUAUCUAGAACACAAUGAACAGUUCUUUAAAUUCUUAGCAUUUCUCCCAAAGCAAAUAGCCACAGCUAUAAAAGAACCAAAGGGAAGCAAUAUAAUAAAAUAAUAAUAGAGCAAUGAAAUAAAGCUGUAGCAUUUGAAUUGAUUUUAAAACAAAUAUAUCUUUUAAGUUUUUUGCCAAAUGUUCUUAGUAUUGUUGCAGAUAAUUCACAAAUUUAUCCACGUUCCAUAGGACAUAAAUUUUAAAAAUAUAUGAUAAGAUGUACUAGAUCAAGUUCAACUUCCAUGAAAAGUAUUGAGAGGAGGCAAAAGCAAAGUGACCUGGAGAGAAUUUUAUUACAAAACCAACUCAAUUUGUCCUAAAUAGCUUUCUUAGUGCUAAAUUUAUUAUUUUUAAUAUAUUGGCUUAGAAAUUGUACUUACUCCAGUUAGAAGGGGGAAAAACAAUAUUUUUUAGUUUUCGAACAAUUACACUUAACGAGCACAAAAUAAGUCAUUUGAUCACCAAUAUGUAAACCAAAAAAAGUUUAAAAAGGGAAAAAUUAAUGAGCUAAGUUCUACUUUCUAAGGUGAUUCCAUCCAUGGCUUGAUUUUGAACAGCUGAGGGAAUUCUCUCUAAAUCUCAGGUUUAGCAAAGCAGCUGUUUUUGAAUAAAACUGCUCUAUUAUCUAGAAAUAAUAUCUGGUUUUGCUGCCUAUAAACCUCACUACUUUCAGCUUCAUGCUCCUCAGUAAAUGCUUGUUUAAGCAUCAUUUUAAAACUUAGAAGACAAGCCAGAGAAACCUAUUAGAAAAAGAAAGCAGCUUCAAUGUUUUGGACAAUCUCUGAUUUUAAUAAUUUAUUUAGAAAUAAAUAAUAUAAAAGUUUCCCAUCUAUUUUUUUUUUCCUCACUUGAGGAUGAAAACUAUUCCAUAUGAGUUUUUAAAAGCACAGUUAGUGAGUGAAAUGAUAGAAUUUAGCCUUGGGCGUGUUGUUUGAUAAACAGAACCAGAGUCUCUCAGGACAGCUGAUUCCCUGAUCUGAACUAAGCUUCCAUCAGUGAGUUAGUUUUUCAUGAAGAAAAUUUUCUGUACCUCUCACUACACCACCACACAUGAGAUCUAACAGACCAGUGAUAUUCUGUGCUCUCAUUUAUUGAUAAUUAGUGUAGGGGUUAGCAGAUUAUAUGAAUUAAAGCUCAUUCUCUGCUUUUACUAGGGAAACUUAUGAUUUAAAUGGUUUUUCAAGUAAGAUGUGUUACCUUUAUGAAAAAUGAUGUGUGGCCACAAAAAAUGAAGAUGUGUUUGAAUAUGGCAUAUAUAUUUGUAUAGCUUGCCUUGUUUUCCUAUCACAGUGGGGGAUUCAGAGUCAGCCAGUUCUUUAAUGGGAUGAGACCUGUAAUCGCAUCUACAGCAAAAAGGAACUAUCUUUCAUAGUGAAGAUAUAAACAGAAUUGUGACUGUGAACAUUCUACCUUUCCUGCUGGUGCUGGCAUUGUCUCUGUAAAAACUUCAUGAUGUAUGGCAUCAUGCCCUUCAAAAAUUCAGGGUGUUGACCUACAUCACCAGGCUAAUUAGAGAAUCAGAAAGAAAGCUAUCAAUACAAAACCAUGGUCAUUUUUGAGGUCAUAGUUGGACUUUCUUUCCAAAUCAUAGACUCAGAACCCUUUUAAAUGGGAAGAGGGAAAGGAGGGACAUUUCAUUUACUUAUAAAUAGAUUCUCAAUGGCAUGAAAUUAAAAGAUUCUUUUAGAGUUAAAAUGGUAAACAUAAAUCUUGCAUAUCCUGAAAAAUUGUGGUGACUUGUAUACCUUUGACUUGUUUUUUCCUUUUGAUGUGCAACAGGACAAAAGGAAGGGGAUUUUCUUUUUUCACUCUGUGCUUUAUUUACUUACAAUUAUAUUAUUUUCCUUAUAUAAGCAAAAUUAGUUGCCUCUAAAAGUGAUUUGACAGUGUCCAGUAAUGUCACUUAAUAUUGGAGUAAAGAGGACAAGACACUAGGAAUUCCUCUGUGGCCAAACCCCAAUCAUGGUUUCCUAAAACUAUCCAAAGGCUUUCAGAAAACACAAACAAAUUCUAGAGUUGAGUUGAUUUGACUCUGAAAUGUUAACGACAUGUAUCAGCUUCUGAUUCCCACCUAGUCCAUUUUACUUUUUCUGGCAAUAAAUGUGUUUUUCCUAAGUGCAAGGAAACUUUUAUUUGGUUAGGGGUAAGUUUUUAUCAAAGGGGGAAAAUAUCUCUAUAUAAUUUCCUAGAGAUACAAUAUCAUCUCUGGAGCAAAACGUUGAGGCCAAGUCUGAAAACAGCUUAUUUCUUUUCACUCCGUUCAGAAUUUCAUUUCAAGGGACCAUAGAACAGCCUUGAUGAUGACCAUUUAUUUAAUGCCAGUGAACCAGUGGGUAGCGAAAGAGGUGGCAUAUACGGUGACAGAGGCAAAAACUGAAUCACUAAACCAGUUCUUCCUUUAAAAAAGAUAAUAACUCUGUCCGUGUAAAACACAGAUGAACACAGGCAAAGUACGCAUGGAGGACUUACUUUUGUUCUCUCUUAAAAUCUAGAAGCUCAGCCAUCUCUGUUUGUUAACAGACCCACCUGUGGAGUUCAUCCCACCAAAGGGCCCAUACCUUGUGGGAAUAUUCUGAUCUGCAAUGUUACUUUGUUUACAACAAAAACCAUUCCAAGGCAAGAACAGUUUUAUGUUGUACUUUUGCAGUGUGCACAUUCAUCAUUGAAACCAAGAAUUCUCAGCACGGUUAAAAGAUAAGUUUCAGAAACUCUGUAGAUACGUAAUCUUUUAGAAGCUCCUCAAUUUAUUAAUCAAGGUAUGCGUAGCUCUGCUGAUGAGGAUAGAACCAGAAAGCGUCUCUUGUGCUAUUGGAUAGUAUUAUUAUGACCCAGCGCAUACAUGGAAUGAUGUUAUAUAUCACAAAACAAUUCCAAGUACUGAGCAGGAUGAGAUCUUGGAUUCCUGGGACCAGUUCAUCUUCAUUGUGAAGACCUCUUCUGGUCUCAUCAGGAAAACUUCCCUGCAUUUUCUUGGGAAAAAGAAAAGUCCGUCUUUUAUGAGGAGCACAAUGCUGUUAUAUAUCUGUAUUUUCAUAGCUUCAGCAAACUCCAUAAUAUAAUCCCCAUUUUAAUAUAAACCAAAAUACUUAUUAUUUGAAUGUAGAAAGGCUAGAAUAAAAAUUACAUCCUGAAAGUUUCCAGGGGUAAUUUCCCUGGGGAAUCCUUGAAUCAGCCUCAUCCUACCACCCCUUAAUUUUUGUAUGACUUAAAUAGGCCUCUGUGUCCCCUCUCCACACCAGUCUAAAAGGUCUGAACUGUAGCACAAAAAACUUGCUGUCAGUGUGAAAAUACCAUAUGUAUUUUGGGGGGGACCACAGACUUUCUGCAUCAAAGAUCUGGGCAGCCUUAACUUUUAUAAAAGAAUUUUCAAUGCUCUCUUUUACUAAGCAGGGAAACAAAAUGUUUCCUGAAAUUAAUGACUUUUUUAUAUUUUGUGACUAUUUUCUAAGUUUCUACAGGUUCAUCUUUUCCCCAUAUUGCCUCUUACUAGUCACCUGGGGCUAUUUUUUGCAAGUCAUUGCAUUUUUAUCAAAAGAAAAGUACAUCUCAUGAACCACAAAAUUCCCUCUAGACUUCAGGCAGUCCUUCUGGAGUAAAAGAACAGAAACACAGAAAGAAAUGAAUGACAGGGUGGCUUUUGUGUUCCUAUGGUUAAUGUACUGUAUGGUAUAUAUGUUUACAGAAUGUAUCUGCCUUGUGAUGUUAACAAAAUGAAUGACAAAAAAAAAAAUGAGUUCUGAUGUGCCAUUUGAAAGUUUGCCUUAGCAUCGCUGUUAUGUUCUUUUCUGUCCUUUCAAAAUCACAGGUUGUAUUCCAAAGCUGUAUGAGCACAACAUUCUCUUCCCCACCCCUACCCAGCCCUUCUUUAGAGCUGUGAAUUUCCUCCCAGGAGCCUGAGGCAGAACCUUGUAGUUCUGACCCAGAGGGAAUAAAGUAGGCGGAGCUUGGGCGUUGCUUCUGCCCUUCUACUAGUCAAAGACUUCCCUGUGUUCCCAUCUGAGCCUGCAGGCUCCCACUCUGACAUUCCUGGGGUGGGCCUCAUGCAAGGUGUGACCUCCUGCAGUCCUUCCCGCCUUAAGGGAGGUGAACUUGUGGACCCUCCACCUAGAUCUGGGCACAUGUUUCUAAGCACAAUUGGCAUAGCUUCAAAAAGCAAAGCGAAUGAGAUGGGCUCACAUGCUGUGAUUGAGCCUUCCCUGAGGGGUGUGCCAUUCGUUGUAGUCUAAGACGAGUGGCCUGGUAUAGAGGGGAGUAGGGAGUGGUUAUAGAAAUGGAAUAGUUUAUGUUUAUUUAUUUUUUUAAGGAAAAAUAUUUUUAUAAUGAAAUCUAGAUGAGUUAUGAAGCUUGACUUUGAAAACACCCUUGAUUAAGUUAUUUCUCUAUUCCAUUAAGGUAACUUUCUGCUGAGCUUUAUUAACACUCGCCCAGACCUUGGGAGGCAUGAGCAGAGGUCCUGUGACCUGCCCCUACACCAGCAGAUCUAGGUUGUACGAUCAAACUUUCUAUACCUGUCAUUAGAUAACCUGUUAUAUAGCUUGAUAGCUCUCUGGGCCACACCUUUAAUAACGUAGAGUGAUCUUUUGGAAGGAGAUAGCUGUUUUAAAUGAAAGCCAAGCCCAGCAAUUAUCAAAGUCUAACUCAUGUAUUUAAGGAGUAAUUGAGACUUGUGAGGUUAAGGGACCACUUAUAAUAUUAUGGUACAUUUGAGUUAUUUAUAUGAAAUGGUGACUCAGAGGCAUCUGGCCAUUUGCAUAUUGUACACAAUAUACAUGAAUGUAUAAACCAACAACAUGAAACUUACCAAAUGUUAUUGGCCUUGUAAAUAUCAACGGGGCUGCAUCUUAUUUCCAGAGUUAAGUAGAGACUGGAAAGGAUUAUCCUUAUCCAUCCACAAAGGAGAUACUGAAUUUUUAGAGUUCUUGGAUUUUUUCCUUAAUUUUCUACCAAGUUCUUGAGUUCCCAUCACAGUCAUACUCAGGCUCAUGAAUAUCUUCACCCACACCUGUUCCACUGUCUGACUCACACCAGAGGUCAGAGGUCAAGCCUCAGCAUCUGCUCUUUCUCCUCUUAGACUCUUCUCCCAGGAAGCAUCCUUUCCUAGGAUGGGGUCAUUUUCUGCUACCCUAAAAGACCAAGAUCCUUUUUUUUCCAAUAAGGCAGAGUCCUAAACACUCUCCUUUUCAAGAAAAAUAGCCUCUCUGGUUCCCAGACAAAUCAUUUUAGUUUCUUCAUCGUCAGAAUCCCUCCAACAGGCCCAACUCAAGUCCAGCUGUGAACCAUACUGUCAUGACAACAACUCCAGAAAUGAAAGAGCUAUGUAACUGCCUGAGGGUGGUAGGGAGAGCCAGUGUGCCCUGAGCCUCUUGUUACUAUGGGAACCUCUCAGUUUCAAGAUGAGGUGGUCAGGGAGACAUUCAGUCACUUGGUUGUGCAACAUGUCUUUAUGCACGAAGAGGCCACCAGGCAAGGCCUGAUCUCAACUAUUCUUUGUGCAGCUCCAACUCCAAUUCUGGGACAUCCCAUUCUGGUCGUUGGAAAGAGUUCUCUCCUUGGUGGAGUCCUGGAACAUUCAUUCCUCCUCUCAAGCUCCUGACUUAAUCCCAUCACACAGGGGUUCGAGAAAAUGUUGUGUCUGCGGCAGCUUUUCAAUGAAUGUAGGUUGUUGAUUGGAAUGUUCAGCUUUAGCAGCUCACUCGUGGUGAGUGACAUCUCUGUAAAUAUAUCCAUUUUGUGGUUGGUUGGGGGUGGGAUGGGUGGGGCGGGAGACUGUCGUGCAU